AAAAACCAACAGAGCCUUUGUGUAGCUUGAGCUCAAUUGUAUUACAAGAACCCUUGUCUUCUUUGCAAUUGGAAAACUUCAGUAGCUCUACCUUGAUGGAAGAUUGGCGAUGUGAUGUAAGACCUUUAUCUCCUGAGACAAUGGCUUCUGAAGGAGAACUUAGGCCCUUGUCUCCUGACACACCUGUUCCUCAGUUCAUUUGUUUGCAUACUGAUUACAUUGUGACAGUGUCUGGCAGCAGGUCAGUAACACCAGAAUCCUCCCUAUCAGAUUGGGAAGACACAGGUUUUUAUUUAGAAUCUCUUGUUGAUGAUUACAGACCAGAUUCUCCACAGUCAGUUGAGUCAGACAUUGAAAUGGACAGGUUGCUUAGCGUCACGGCAUUGUCCCCAGACUCAUUAUCCUCAGAACUGGAGUUUCCGAUGCUCACAGAUUGGUUUACUGGUCUUAGGGCUUCCUCACCAGAAUCUGUGGCCUUAACUGAAGGCAUGGUUUUGUCCCCUUUCAUUACAUUUGGUCAGCACUGUAAUUAUUACCUAAAUUAUUCAGAUAAUAGACCAACAUCACCUUUGUCAGUAACAUCAGAUGAGGAGGAGUUAGACCUUUGUCUGAAAGACAUGUUUGAUGAAAACAGAGCAGAUGCACCAGAUUCAGUUACUUUUGGUUUUGAGGCCAAAAUAUCAGGCGCAACUAUUGCACCUUCAGCAGUUGGGACUGCUGCCAAAACUCUUACAUAUGCUGAUGUGGUGCGAGGUAUGACUCGUGAAAAACCAACGGAGCCUUUGUGUAGCUUGAGCUCAAUUGUGUUGCAAGAACCCUUGUCUUCUUUGCAAUUGGAAAAAAUAAGUAGCUCUACCUUGAUGGAAGAUUUGCUAUGUGAUGUAAGACCUUUAUCUCCUGAGACAAUGGCUUCUGAAGGAGACCUUAGGCACUUGUCUCCUGACUCACCUGUUCCUCAGUUCAUUUGUUUGCAUACUGAUUACAUUGUGACGGUGUCAGGCAGCAGGUCAGUAACACCAGAAUCCUCCCUAUCAGAUUGGGAAGACACUGGUUUUUAUUUAGAAUCUCUUGUUGAUGAUUACAGACCAGAGUCUCCACAGUCAGUUGAGUCAGACAUUGAAAUGGACAAGUUGCUUAGCGUCGCGGCAUUGUCCCCAGACUCACUAUCCUCAGAAUUGGAGUUUCCGCUACUCACAGAUUGGUUUACUGAUCUUAGGGCUUCCUCACCAGAAUCUGUGGCCUUAACUGAAGGCAUGGUUUUGUCUCCUUUCAUUACAUUUGGUCAGCACUGUAAUUAUUACCUAAAUUUUUCAGAUAAUAGACCAACAUCACCUUUGUCAGUAACAUCAGAUGAGGAGGAAUUAGACCUUUGUCUGAAAGACAUGUUUGAAGAAAACAGAGCAGAUUCACCAGAUUCACUUACUUCUGGUUUUGAGGCUAAAAUCUCAGGUGCACGUAUUACACCUUCAGCAGUUGGGACUGCUGCCAAAACUCUUACAUAUGCUGAUGUGGUGCGAGGUAUGACUCGUGAAAAA